ACUCUGCUUCUUCGUUCUGUUUCUGAAUUGAACAUUCCAAGCUAACGGUAAUGGCAGAACUCCAAACCAAGGCAGAAACUGCCUCAGCUACGGCUACGGUUGCGGCAAAGCCACCACCGAACGACACCGUUGCUAACAAAGUUUCUCAAACAACAGCACCAGAGGAAUCCAAAGCUGUUAUCGUUGCUGCAGCUGAGAAGACUCCAGUUCCUGCAAACAAACAAAACUCGAGAGGAUCCCUUGAUAGGGAUAUUGCUUUGGCUGAGGUAGAGAAAGAGAAAAAGUUGUCUUAUGUGAAGGCAUGGGAAGAAAGUGAAAAAGCCAAAGCAGACAACAAAGCUCAAAAGCAUCUCUCUGCUGUUGCUGCUUGGGAAAACAGCAAGAAGGCAGCUCUUGAAGCUGAGCUGAAAAAAAUUGAGGAACAAUUGGAGAAAAAGAAAGCAGAAUAUGGGGAAAGAAUGAAGAACAAAAUAGCCUCGAUUCACAAGGAAGCAGAGGAGCAGAGGGCAAUGGUUGAAGCCAAACGUGGUGAAGAGGUUCUCAAGGUAGAGGAAACGGCUGCAAGAUAUCGUGCAACAGGAACCACUCCAAAGAAGACCAUAGGAUGCUUUUGAUUUUUUUUCCUUUUGAGAGUGAUGUUAAAAGUAUAUUUAAUUGGCAAAUUUUGUAUGUAUUUUCUUUGUCUUGUUUUCAAUGUUGUGGAAGUGCAAAAUAAUAGU